AUGGCUUCUCGAAGCAGAGAUGAACUUGUUGGGAAGCGAUUCCUAUCAGUAAAAUCUGCGAGGAAAUUGAAAGUUGAGAAAAUUUCAGAAUGGGAAUGGCGCCAGGGAUUUGUACGGGCUGUUUCAACACGGGAUACGAGUAACCCAGAAUUGACAGUGCUUGUUGAGUUUGAUGACACGGGCUGGAAGUCACGCGAGUACAUCAAAGUUCACCACGUGCUCCAGGUGUUUCUUGUAGAGCACACACUGUCCUGGGUUGAGCCGAAGACUACAGAUACCUCAGACAGGCAUGGCGAGUGGCCAGCUUUGUGUUUUAAACCGGUUGUAGACAAAGUUGGUCUCUGUCACCAUACCAGACGACCCAUGGAGUUUCUCAGUGAACGGACUCUGUGCAUUGUUGAAGAUGAAGACAUUAUUCAUUAUAGAGAAGGUGAAGAAAACACUGUGCGAACAAUCAAGUCGUGUCCAGAGAUUGGUCACCUGGUCAAAGCAUGGUUAGAUUAUCAAGAAGGACAGAAGAUCUUGUUGAACACUCCGGCAGUUCUUUUGGGCUACCGAGUGAAGGUGUAUAGAACUGAGGGCACUACUCAGUGGUACACGGCCGUUAUCAAGUCUUACAAUCAGGCGGCCAAGGUAAGAUCAGUACACCUU